UGCUACAAUUAUGUACUAGCGUUGUAUCAGAUAAGAUUAGUCCAACUUUUUGAAUUACGGUAUCACGCCUGACACAAAGCUUCGCCAUUAGCCUUUGUGCUAUAAAGUAAUGAUAACCCUUGUCACGUGAAUGAUACGCAAGAUAAGUAAUAGAUAAAUUAGCGAUAAAAUUAGUCAAGUAUUUGUCGUCGAGCAGAAAUGUCACAACACAAUCUUGGAUAUGUUCCCGAUGAAAUUCGCCCAAGUGCACCACCAGAAUCUGCAGUUUACGAUGAAGUAUCAAUUGACUCGAGAGGAAAUUCAACACCUGUUGUUCCGCCCGUAUACACGAAACAAACUAUUAUUACGGUGCAACCACACCACCAGAACGGUACAAAUAGAGCACCAAGAGUCCCAGUACCAGUUAAUACAGCAGAGUGGGUUUCGACUCCACGGAAUCAACUGAAUGCACUCUUAGGAACGGACUUUCUAAACGGAAUCGAACAACUUGAAAUUCAACAGACAGUACAGCUGAGCACUUUACUAGGUGAAACGAAGUCUGGAAAUCAAUAUAGAGUCAAAGUGCCUAGAGCCGAGACAAUAUUUCUAGCCUCGGAAACAUCCACCGCAUGCCAGCGCGAUAUCUUGGGUUCUUCCAGAGGUUUCAGUUUGACUUUGACAGAUCCCACGGGACAAGAUGCUUUUAAAUUUACAAAAACUCCAGGCUGGGGUUGUAUGCCUGGUUUUUUGCAUAAAAUGUUAGUUGAUUGCACGGGACCGAUCGGAAGUAUAGAGCAGAACUUUACAUUUCUUGGGCCUAGCUUCACGGUGUACAAUAAUGCACGGAAUCCCCUAUGCAAAAUAUAUGGACCUAAUAUGUUUUGCUGCUGUAUAUCGAGAGAUACCCAAUUCCAGAUAGUAUCUGUCGAUGGAACACAUCAGAUUGCUUCGCUCAUACACCAAUGGGAUCACAUACUUCUCGAUUAUACGAUAACGUUGACUGUACCGGCAGGUACAAAUGUGAACCUCAAAGGUUUACUACUCGGAGCUGCAUUUUUGUUGGAAUAUUUGUAUUUUUCACGCUUGAAGAAAUCUUGAUACUGAUAACACAUUGCGAAAUGGCUACUUACAAAUAAUGUGCCUUUUUGCGGUCAAAGCACGGUAGAAAGUGCAAGGAGGCGACACUUCUUUCACUGUCAAACUACUUCAAAU